AUGACUUAUACCGUUCAACAACUCAUUGAGAUCAGCCAGGGUUGCACUGCAUUGCAGAAUGAUUUGAAGCCAUCAUAUGGAUAUGUCCCAACAAAGGGAGCAGGUAUUGCGUUCUGCAUCCUCUUUGGUUUCUCUAUGGUCGCACAUACAUUUCAAUUUUGCUGGAAGCGUACAUGGUGGUGCAGUGUUUUUGCCAUCGGAUGUUUAGUCGAACUCCUUGGCUGGGCUGGCCGGACUUGGUCCUCUGACUGUCCAUAUAACUCGACCGCAUUCAUGAUUCAGAUCUCAACAUUGAUCAUCGCUCCAACAUUCUUCACAGCAGGAAUCUACAUCCUCCUCGGCCGCUUUAUCCAGAUCUUCGGCCGCGAAUCCUCCAUCCUCUCCCCAAAGCAAUACCUCUGGAUCUUCUGCACAUGUGACAUAAUCUCACUGGUCGUCCAAGCAGCCGGUGGCGGCCUGGCAUCUUCCGAAUCGGACAAAAUUGGCGGGGAUACGGCACCAGGCACAAACACUAUGGUAGCCGGUAUCGUUUUCCAGCUGGUCUCUAUUACCAUUUUCGUCGGAUUUGCAGGUGAUUUUCUUCGUCGCAUUACAAAACUUGGGUAUUUGAGCUCGGCUUCGGGGUCUUUUAUCAUGCUGAUGGGUGCAAUGGUUCUGUCGGUUGUGUGCAUCUACAUCCGGAGUAUCUACCGUACUGUGGAAUUGGCACAAGGAUGGGAUGGAGAUCUCAUUACGCAUGAGUCUUACUUUAUUGGGCUUGAUGGUGUUAUGAUGAUUAUUGCUGUUGGUGUUUUCAACUUUUUCAAUCCUGGGUGGUUGCUUCCCUCUGUUGGGGGUGCUGGUCUGCCUGUUUCUCGGUCGAGUGUUGAGUUAAAGCCUGGUCGCUAUUGA